UGGGUGUCUCCGCUUUCCAGACCGGUGGAAAAAUAUAUGUAAUUGUAAAUGUCAUCUGUCUAUAUCUCCCAGGCGGGUCACACUCAAAACACUUUCAGUUGGAGUUUACAGAGGGUUCAGAAGUUAAGAGAAGAACGUUCCUGUUCGCUGAGAUGACACCGACCCACUCCGUGGUAAUCACAAGGACAGGGGCUGAGAGGAGCUGCUGCACGCUGUGCCGACAACAGAAAGCCAGAUCUGACAAUAUCUGCCACUUUUCACAUUCAAGACCAACAGAUCCAAAUCAAACCAAAUCCCCCGGCUACAGGACUCGUGUGAAGGACAGAGAGAAGAUGGAGCAAAGGGAACCAGCGGGGGACUCAGUGUGGGAAGGAACCGAAGGCAGGCUCAGAGAACUGGCCUCCAAGUGGUUCAUAGACACUCAGCUGCCUCUCAUCGUCAACAACGGCCUCUUCCCUUCCUGGUUUAUGGGCUUCAUCAGCAGGAAAGAUGCUGAGAAUGUACUCAGAGAAAAGGAACUGGGAUGUUUCUUAAUCCGUCUCAGUGAUAAAGCCAUCGGAUACAUUCUGUCCUACAAAGGCAGAGACCGUUGCAGACACUUUUUGAUCAGCCAGUCUGAAGUGGGAAAGUUCAAAGUUCACGGAGACACAGAGGGACAUAGCACUAUGCUUGAUCUAAUAGACUACUAUAAAACAAGCCCUAUCGAGCCCUUUGGGGAGUAUUUGACUUAUCCAUGCUGCAAGGAUCAGAAUGAAGACCUUUAUGACACAAUUCAGGUCAACCCUAAAGAAAAGCCAGCUUCUGUCCUUAGAACAGCAAAGAACUUACAAAAGCAGCAACUUCACUCGAGUGCAGACCACCAGGAAGUACCGCCUUUACCACAGAGAAGCAGGCAAUUGGAUGCCAGCACCUUCACGGAUGAAGAAAGAAGUCUGUAUGCUCAGCUCAAGAAGCAUACAGUCAAAGACAGUCCACGAGGCCCACAGAUCUCACAGGACAGUUUACCUGGAGUUAAUCCAAGGAAAGCUGAAAGGUUGAUGGUCAAGAAACAGAACAAUGGCGGAAGUAGUCCUCCAUCAGGACCAGAGGCCAUUUACUCAGAGCUCAACCCCCUGGAUACCAAAAGCAAGUCUCUGCCGCUGCUGGACAGCAUGUUCGAUGGUGAGCAGUCCUACAGACUGAGCAUGCCUCCCAGCACCCCACCAAGACUUUCUCCCAAACCAGUCAGACCAGUCACCAACUGCACGCCACAAUCAAAAAGCAGCCACAGUCUGGACGGCAUGACGUGCAAUGCAGUCUAUCACAUGGUCGGCCCAACAACCUUUAGAUCCUCAAAGGAAGAGCAGCAGAACUAUUCUUUGUAUGCUGAGGUUGGCUUUGAAUCCCCCGUCAUCAACAUCGACAGCACGUACGAGCUGCUGCCCGACCACAAGGAGCCCGCCAAGCCAAAACACCACAACACGUACGAACCCGUGGAGGACAACAGACGCAAAAUCAACAACUCGUCCUGGGGAAUUAAGAAUGACAAAUGGAAAUGGCUCUUCCCUGAAUCCAAGAGGAAAUAGUGGCUGUCGCCUUAGCAACAAAGAAAUGUUUACACCACUCAUUAGACACUACUAUGACACAUUCAAAUUGAUACUCUACAACUGUUUUUCAACAUACAUAAUUCAGCUGUUGUACAUUUUCCUUUAAGUUUAUUUAUUAAAAAUUGUCAAAAUAUAUUUCUGUUAAUGAUUUGGGAAAAGAUGUAAAUAUUUUACUUAUUUAUUUUGCUAAAACCAUUUUAUAAACCACUUUUAGUGAAUGAGAGCUGUUUGAAGCUUUCUUUGGAAAACAAUAAUUAAAGUGAGUUAGUGGCUGACCUGUGAUGAGGACAAGUACAUGAGCAAGAGAGGAAGAUGGAUAACUGGCAGUUUAUUCAAAUUAUGCCUCACAACAGCAGAAACAAACGUUAAAUUCACUUUGCUCAGAUUAAGUCAUAUAUUCCAUCAAUUUAGCAUUAAAAAGUGUUGGUAGAGGUUUUUUGCCCCUAAUGCAGCGACAUCUUGCUGUUCUGGUGUAACAAAGUGUGAGUUGAACGUAGUUAGAUAAUAGAGAGCUUCAGUUGUGAGGAAAUGUAGAUGACAUCUGUGGGAAGCAUCUGUAUUUUUGUGUUCAAAAUAUAACUACCAAACCUGCCUGGGAAGAAAACUGUCCCUGUGGGUUUCCAUUGCAAAGUGCAGGAAUAAAACAUGAGGUCAUGCAGGAACAUCCAGGGAUAUGAAACACACUCUCCAUGGAAAUUCUUCAAACAGCUUAUGCAAAGUUUGAAUUACACACAGGCUUCUGGGGGAGCCCACAAGAUGGGAGAGGCAUUCAUCCAUCCAAUCACCUCCUGUGUGUGUGUGUGUGUGUGUGUGUGUGUGUGUGUGUGUGCGUGCGUGCGUGCGUGCGUGCGUGCGUGUGUGUGUGUGUGUGUGUGUGUGUGUGUGUGUGUGCGUGCGUGCGUGUGUGUGUGUGUGUGUGUGUGCGUGUGUGUGUGUGUGUGUGUGUGUGUGUGUGUGUGUGUGUGUGUCAUUAUCCGCCCCUGUCCUCCCUGACUGUGUCUCUCCUGCCAUGAUUAUCCUUAUUGUUCUCACCUGUCCCUCAUUACUCUGCCCAUGUGUUCCUGAUUCCCUUGUGUUUUUUUACCGCCCUCCUUGUUGCUGUCUUUGUCGGUUCAUUGUUGUUUGUGCAUGUUCGUUUGUCCUGUCGCUCCCGUUCUACAAUUAAACAUAUUUUUAUUUUUUCAUCCGUUUGCCUGCUCUUCUGCCUCCUGAAACCCACCACCACACAUGGUCCACCAUCUCCACCCCAGAACAUGACAGUGUGUGUCCCUGUACACAGAGAGUUCAUAUAAAUAAGUUUGAUAGGUUGAAACAAGACCAUUUUUUGGUUUCCAUCACCCUUUAGGGGGAGCAGGGCUCCCCCUAGCCCUCCUGUAAUUGAAACCCUGGCCUUACAGCUAAUCCUUGAAACAAUUUAUUUUUUGCCAUUGGCACAGCAGCUAUAUUGGCAUGCAGUUUUUGAACAAAUGUGGCAACAACAAAGAGAUGAGCCAUAGUUGCUAAUGAUCAUUUAUAGUUUUAGUGAAGUCAAUAAAGCUAACAGCUUUGAAUUUUUCCAUGCUAAAGUCAAUGCACUGUUGCAUGUGAGAGGAAUCAGAAUGGAAAGUUUUUCCCCUCUAAGUCACGUACAGGGCUGUGUUAAAAUGUCAAUAAGUCACUUCAGCAGAUCAACAACUUUGUGACAUUUUCUUUACCUAAAAUUAUUUCACAACCCAGAUCCUUUGUGAUGAUGCACCACUGGAACACAACCUGUGAACGGUGCAAAGUCAAGACAGAUAGCAGUGCUGAUUUUGUCACAGUGGAGCCACUGAGUAGCAAAGCUGUGAGGAAAUUCACUCAGCUGAUGUCAAAUCGGAAGAUGAAACAAAAGGAAAAUUGUGUCAUGACAACAUCAAAAACAGCUCGUUAGGCUACAUUAAGCAACAACAUGUUAUAGGGAAAAAAAAAUUAUAAAAAAAUAUAAAAGGACAUUCCAUGUUAAUUUGAGUUUUUUUUUAUUGAGCUAUGUUUAAAUGCUUCUCAACAGAGGAAAGUAAUGCCAGGAUGCACUAAUGACUACACCAUGCUUUAGACAAAUCCUCCACCUUCUGCUCAAAUGAGGCUUUGCAUGGAUAAUUGAUCCCUGCAGGACAUUUAUAGUAUCCAUUUUAUUUACUAUUAAUCAAACACUUACUCAAAUGCACAAGUAUGUGAUGUGAGUGCAUCUUAUAAAGGUUUAGUACGUCUUAACAAUGACCACAACUCAAGCUGUUUUCUAUUGCUUAAACUAAAGUUUCAAACUACUAGGAUAGUUGUUUGGUUCAGACAGAGACCAAUACCUGCAACGUUUUCAUUCAAAUGUUGCAUUACAAUAGAAAAGGGUUGAUUUGCAACUCCUGGUUGGAUGACCGGGCUUCUCACCCUAUCUCUAUAAGGGAGAGUCCAUAAAUCCUGUGAAGAAAACUAAUUUCAGUCACUUGUAUCUGCGAUCUCAUUCGUUUGGUGACGACCAUCGCUACCCAAAGCUUGUGACCAUAGAUGUGGAUUGGGAUGUGACCCUGUUCUGGAGAAUGUUCUGGAUGAGCAGGGAUGGAUGGAUAAGCGACUGUUACUUCCUGUUGAGAUUAAGUGUGUAGGAAGUAAUUGUGUUUCUGACAGCUCACAUCCUCUG